AUGGCGAUCGCACUUGUACCCCUCUUCUUCACCAGUCUCCUGGGUAUCGUCACGAAUAUUGUCAACGUUUUAGUCUUCGCCAAGCAGGGCCCCGCUUCUGACAGCACCACAGUGUCUCUCAUGGCGCUGGCGGUCUCCGACCUCCUCGGCUGCUUUUUUAGCCUGCCUCAGCCUGUGUGCUUCUUCCUGGAGCGCUAUGUGCCCAGUGAAAGUGUCUACAUUAGAAGCUGUUUUGUACUGACGACCAUGUCCGCUGCCUACCCACACAUCAUCUGCACUCAGAUCACGAUAUGGAUAACGGUGUAUAUUUCGGUUGAGCGAGCUGUUUGCGUUAUUUUUCCUCUGAAAGUGAAGCAGCUGGUAAAAACUAAAAACACUAAGAUUUUCAUGAUUAUAAUAUACGCCGUGGCCAUCAUAUUCCAUAUUCCCUUCGCUUCAAACAGCUUGAUAAUCUUUGUCAGCGACCCAGCUAACAACGGGAGCGUCACUGCUAUAAACUACCAGACGCCACUGGGGGCGUUUUUCUACCGCCUUAACAACAUGCUCAGGUCAAACAUAUUCACCACCCUAGCAAUAUUUAUCGUCGCCAUAGCAACCAUUACGAUGGUCACGCGCUUGAAAGCAUCUAGAAAAUGGAGGGCCUCGGUGUCCAGCGCCUUGAAUGUCGCCGUGCAGCAAAAAAGUCAAACCAGCGGCCCUUCUUCAGACGCCAAGAUCAAAGAACGAAAGUCCACAAAAGAGGCUGAAACAGUGAAAGUUGUGAUCUGCAUAACAUCGAUCUUCAUAGCUUGCCUCACGUUCAGUCACCUGCCUGGUCUAGUCAUGUACAUCAUCCCAGGAUACGCCAUUGACGGGACCAACAGAGACCUGUUCCACUUCACGUACUCGUUGAAGUUUGUGUUUGAUGCAUUGAACUCCGCUCUGAAUUUCUUCUUCUAUGUGAGACUGAGCACCAAAUAUAGAAAGUCUUUACAAACAUUUUGUUGUCACUGGUAG